CGGGACCUGCAUGCGGGACCCGGGACGCGCCGGACGAGGGGAGGCUGCCUGCGGGCUGCUGGUGAAUUGACAACCCUCUCGUCUCUAACAGAGAGCCCGGCGCGGAGCAGCGAUGCACCCGCUGCUGGACCUGCUCCUGGUGCUGGCCACGCUCCUCUACUCGUACCUGGAGGCCCUCGCGAAGCUGUUCGUCCCCGCGCGGAGGAAGCCCGUGAACGGGGAGCUCGUACUCAUCACGGGCGCCGCGCACGGCGUGGGGAGAGCGACCGCGCUCGAGUUCGCCCGGCGCCGCAGCCGCCUGGUGCUGUGGGACAUCAACCAGCACGGCAUUGAGGACACGGCAGCAGAAUGCAAACGGCUGGGAGCCACUGUUCACACCUUUGUGGUGGACUGCAGCAAAAGGGAGGAAAUCUACAGCACUGCGGACAAGGUGAAAAAGGAUGUUGGAGAUGUCUCCAUUCUGGUGAAUAAUGCUGGUGUGAUUACAGCUGCCGACCUUCUCUCGACACAGGACCACCAGAUUGAAAAAAUGUUUGAGGUCAACAUUCUUGCUCAUAUGUGGACCACAAGAGCUUUUCUGCCAACCAUGAUGAACAACAACCACGGCCACAUUGUCACGGUGGCUUCAGCAGCAGGUCAUUUUGUGCUUUCUUUCAUGGUGGCUUAUUGUUCAAGCAAGUUUGCUGCAGUUGGAUUUCAUAAAGCUCUGACAGAGGAGCUGUCUACCCUGGGAAUGGAUGGAAUAAAAACUACUUGUGUGUGUCCGGUUUUUAUAAACACUGGAUUUGUCAAAAACCCCAGUACAAGGCUUGGAAAGGUUUUGGAGCCUGAAGAAGUUGCAGAGGCCCUGAUGGAAGGCAUACUGACCAACCAGAAAAUGGUUUUUGUUCCAUCAAAUCAACGCAUUGCCUUGCUUAUUGAAAAGUUGUUUCCAGAACGUGCCUUGGCUGUUCUGAAGAAACUGACCGACGUCAAAUUUGAUGCAGUCGUUGGGCAGAGAAGCACCCAGUGAAAAGCUAAAACUGAUUCUCAUUUCCCCAUGGCAAAAGUGAAAACAGAACUUGUGCUGAGUGCAGUUCAGCUGGUUUGAUUCAGCGCAGAACCAAGAUAAAUCUUCCAGGCCACCAUUUCCAAGCACACCUAAGGGUUUACCCCACACUUUCAGCAGGGACAAUCCUGCAUAACAUGGGAUGUUAACAAAGCAGAGAUACAUAUCUAGAAGUCUAAAAGUCUGCAUUGGCUGUAUGUCACAUCGCCUCUAUAUGCUAGUGCAUAUGGGAAUUCCCUCAAACCCUGUCUUUGGGACAGCACAGCUAUGUACAUGAGUACAGAGACCUUGCCUGAGAAUAUAUUAAUCUGGACUCAUCCCUGAGCAAAAGUAUCUUGCAAGAAGUACUUUAUAGAGAAAGUGGGUGGCCUGAUUCACCUCAAUUUAUCUUUUUAAAUUUAAAAAUGUGCUUAACGUGCACUGAAUUUCAUGUCCUUUUGUAGUGAGUACCUGAAAUAAUACAGGCCUAUACGUAAUGUAAUACCUAGAAUUGCAUCAAUUAUUAAUUUUGCACUAGCACAAUCAACAUGCCUUAUUCUGAAUGAAUACAUUUCUUUAACACAGAAGUGACUCUCAGCAGCUAAAGUUAUAACCAGGUCUUAGAGGUGCAUUUAAGACAUGGUGUAAAGUAAUACAGCCUUUCCCCAUAUCAUUUCUCACACUGCUCAUCUGUGUGAGUCACAAUCUCCUCAUUCCCAGACACAUUUAAAACACCUUCCUAUGAAAACAGUGCAGUAUUUUUCUACAAAUCACUGGGUGCCCUCCUGCAUUUCAAGCAUGCUAGAGAAUGUGUUUUAUUCCAUGAGGAUGCAGACCAAGUUGGACUGCUAUUGUUCUUACGAUCAAACCUAAUGAUAAUUCUGCAGUCUGCAUCGGUAUUCAUGUUAGACUUGUGUGUUCAAGAAAACAGUGAAGUUAUAUUGAGCCAGGAAAGCCUUAAUUCACGUGCAGUGAGUGAGUUUAUGUUGAAGUCCACGAGGCUUCUGCACCUAUAUACAAUACAAAUGAAGGCCUGAAUUCCUGUGAACUGCUGAACACAUCUUCAUUUUGACUAAUUAAUCCAUUCAUCACAGCACAGUUACACCUAUACAAACAGUGGAUAACACGUAUCUCCGCAUACCUCUUUUCUUUCUGUCUCUUCAAACACCUGUACCAGACUAAGGGUUUAUGUAUUACAUUCCUCUGAAAUGCUGCCACACUGACUGGAGAAGAUGCUGCAGCAGCAACAUCCCUGUGUGAUCCCACACUUCGCUUUCCCAACCCUGUUCUUCCCUUUUCCAUGUGCAGGGGAACUGUGAAGCAGGGAUUCUUGGCAUGGGGAGGCACACCAGGUGCCAUCGGUGGGAGUGAGGUAGGCGUUGCAGAUGCCGCAAUGGUGAAAGGGUCAACCAGCGUCUGCUGACCACCGGGCUGCAGUGACAAGACAGGUGCCUGGUCACACUGAGAAGCCACAUCAGAUGAGCAAGGUACAGGGCCAAGCCUGGCACACUGACAGCACAGCCCAUGCGAGGGCCAGGUGCCAGGCAGGGGGUGCAUGGAGGAAGGCUCCAGAUGAACCAACUUGACCUGGAGGUUAAACCCCCAAAGGUCUUUGGCCUGAGGUACAAGACAGCAGUGCCUGAUGACACAGGUCAGAGACCUCUUCAGAGCACAAGUUAUCUUUCCAUGUACUUGUGCAACUCCCAACUGGCACUUGCUGGCUCACAGCCAUCAGAGGGAGGCCUGAACAUGCUGUUGCCCUUGGCACAGCUAGAAAUGAAUGGCUUCCACUAGAAAGCUUACCCAAGCAUUUCAUGUCAUUCUGUAAACUGAGGUUCUUCAGAAAAGAGAGAGCCCUCAUCAUCCAGCUCCCCCUGCUCUUUGGUGGCAACAGGUAGCACUUG